CUCUUGCGGGGAAGACGACAGCUCGACCACCGCGCCCAGAGGUAUUUCGUACGGACGCCCAGCAUCCCGCGCCCACCGCAAUCCGCAGCGGACAGUGGCCGAGCACGCCGAGGCCUUGGCGUCUUGGCCCGUUUCAUCGUCACCACCUCGUCGCCUUGCCACUGUGUGCCUCUGCCGCCGGUCCGGCGCCCGCUCUCGCCCCGCCCCGCAGGGAGCUCCGUCACAGCGGAUGAUGGAUGACACGGGUUGGCUGAGUGGGCGUGGGAGCGAGCGGGCGACUGAGAGUGGGUGUGGGAGUGUGGAGGGGAGGUCGCGUGGGAGGGCCAAGCGGUUUCGCCUGAUCUGUGGCGGCCACUCUCCGCAGCAACGACCGUCUCGGCGCUGCUGCCGAGCGCGGGUGUGUGUGUCGUGUGUCCGUCAUGUUUGUUUGCAGCUUACCGGAACACAGAGGCAGUGCUGCACCUCGCCGCCAAGCUGCGGGGAGCGGCGCGCGGCGCGCGGAGCAUUGGCCACCCGCUGCGCGCGCCGCCAUGGACCACUACUGCUGCGAUAGUUGUGCCGUAGUUAGCCCAUCGCGCGCAAGUAUAGCCCCAGCUGGCCGCUUUGGCCGCGCGUUCUGUGCCGACGACGGUCGGCGGCCGGCGUCUUCGGCUCGGAAGUGCCCCUCUGCGCUGCGCUGCGUGCAUUCGGACAGUCAGCCCACCCACCCACACACCAUUGGAGAUGACGAUCCACGUCUACAAAUUAUUACGAGGGGGUUGGCCUCGCGUUUGACCCUGGCGUCUGACCCUGCCAUUCUGUCUGGGUGGACGGGGGGGCAAGGCAAGGCAAGCAAGCACGAAAAAUUGUUCUCCGCCUGCCUUUGCAUUCCCCCUCGGCGCGCUGCUGCUGUGCGCAAGCAGCGCCGCCAGCUCAUGCAUAGUACCCUUUGCACCGCUUCAAUCGCGGGUCAAGCUCUUCCAUGCCCGCGAGCGCGCUUGGCCGAAGCCACCGAACCAGGGUGUGCCGACCUACGGACCUGCGGUGGCACCGACGCGCCUGGAGGAUUGAGGGUGCCUUGCAGGACGGACCCCGGAUGGCUUGGUGUGAUGUCUAUCGACGUCGUCUGCGGGCAGAGCUUGCGGCCGUCUGUGGUCUUGCUGCUGCGGCGCCAGUCAGCAAGCCAACAUGGGCCAGCCUGCACAUGUCAACCUCUUAUGCUACGCGUUGUCUCGCUUCUGCUUUGCAUCUCUGUUCCUCUCAUCCUCACGCUCUCUUGACGACGGCCACGAUCCCAUCACUCAUUCAACUCCAAUAAGCAGCCAGGGCAAUCCAAGUCUUGGCAUUUGCCUGCAGCAAGCCCGUCGCGGGAAAAAAACGACGAAACGUACGACACAGUAGAAAACAAGACCUUACACAUUCGUUCAUCGACGGCGAGAUCGACGUAGAGCGAGACUCUUGUUCUGCUCGCAACUUUUUUUUUCUCAUUGUCGCCCUCCUCGCUGCUCUCCUCCGGCACAAAGCCUCUGAGCAGCGCACACUAGCGGCCUCGUCCUCGAACGCGACCGCCUGUCCCUUCCCCCUUGGAUAAAUCCCACGCCCAUCAGUGCUGGUGCACAGACCGAAAAAUCCAAGACACCCACCACGAUGCUCCCCACCCUCGCCCUCGCGGCGCUCGCCGCUGCCGUCCCCGUGCUCGGCAGCAAGGACGACGCGUUCAACUCGCACAUGCACCGCGACAUCAUCCGCCGCGCAGGCAUCACCUCGGAUGUGACCCAGGUCAGCGGCAAGGCGUUCGACUUUAUCAUUGCCGGCGGUGGUCUUGCGGGCCUUGCGCUCGCUGGCCGCCUGUCCGAGUACUCCAACCAGACCGUCCUCGUCAUUGAGGCCGGUAGCGAUGGAUCAGACUACGCCAACAACAUUGACAUUCCUGGUUACUCGUACAUCAACUCGCUCACCCGCCCGAACAUGCCCACCGACUGGCAGUACCAGACCGUCUCGCAGGCGUCGGCUGGCGGUGUCCAGAAGCGCUGGCCCCGUGGCAAGCUUCUCGGUGGCUCGGCCGCCGUCAACGGCCUCUUCUGGUGCCGUGGUGACUCGGGCGAGUACGACGACUGGGCGGCGCUCAACCCCGGCGCCAACCAGACCUGGAACUGGGCCGAGAUGCAGAAGUACAUCAACAAGGCUGAGCAGUUCCAUGCUCCCCCUCAGGCUCAGGCGACCCAGUUCAACAUGAAGUAUGACGCCAGCGUCCACGGCACCUCGGGCCCCAUCCAGGCCGGCUUCUCUCAGUACAUCUACCCCUUCACCUCGAACUGGAUCCCCGCUUGGAACGCCAUGGGCCUCCCCGCCCAUGACCUUGCCGACGGCUCGACUCGCGGUGUCAUGAUCACGCCCUCGACCCUCAACCCUACCAACCAGUCGCGUGUCGACUCCAAGAUUGGCUACAUUGACCCCCUGCCCCCUCGCGCCAACCUCUUCAUCCUCACUGGCCAGCAGGUCACCGGCAUCGUCUUCAACGGCACCAAGGAUGCCUCGGGCAACGUUGUCGCCUCGGGUGUUUCCUUCUCGGCCGGCUCGGGCCAGACUGUCUACUCGGUUCAGGCUAACAAGGAGGUCAUCCUCUCCGGUGGUGUCGUCGGCUCGGCCCAGAUCCUCCAGCUCUCGGGUAUCGGCCCCCAGACUGUCCUCCAGCCCCUCGGCAUUAACACGCUCGUCGACCUCCCCGUCGGCCACAACCUCCAGGACCACGCCUCGUACACCUUGUACUUUAACACGCAGCAGAUUGACAACUGGCAGCAAUUUGCUAACAACGCGGGCGCGCAGGCUCAGGCCCUCACCGAGUGGCAGCAGAGCUCGACCGGUCUCUGGACCUACGUCAACGAGGCUGUCGGUUACAUCUCGUACGCCGACAUGAUGGGCAGCAACGCCUCGGCCGCCACCGCUGCCCAGGCCCUCAACCUCCAGGACAUGGCCAACCAGGUCACCCAGAUGCACAAUCUCCCCACGAGCGUGCAGGCCGGUCUCGCCGAGCAGUACAAGCUCCUCCAGAGCCGUCUCCAGGACAACACUGGCCAGCUCGAGAUCAUCCUCACCAUGUGGGGCUCGGGACCCAACAACAUUGGUAUCCAGAUGGGUAUCCAGCACCCCUUCUCCCGCGGUACCAUCUUCAUCAACUCGAAGGACGCUUUCACUGCCCCUACCAUUGACCCCUCGUACUUCUCAGUCGGCCCCGACGCCCAGAUCCUCACUGCUGGCUCCGAGUGGGUCCGCAACCUCGCCAAGGCUGGUCCCUUUGCCCAGCAAAUCACUGGAGAGUCGGGCGCCUCGGUCGGUCUCACCGGCCAGGCUCUGACCACCUACGCUACCACCCAGGCGGGCACCGAGUUCCACCCUCUCGGCACAUGCUCGAUGCUUCCCCGCGCCCAGGGCGGUGUCGUUGACACCAACCUGCUCGUCUACGGCACCAACAACGUCCGUGUUGUCGACGCCUCGAUCAUGCCCCUCCAGGUCUCUGCCCACUUGAUGGCCUCGACCUACGGUAUCGCCGAGAAGGCCGCCGACAUCAUCAAGCAGGCUCACUGGAAGCCCCCUCCUCCCCCCCAGUCGUCGACCGCUGCCACGACUACCGAGCAGGAGUCUACCGCUGUCCCCGGCCAGGCCACUGACUCGGCCGUCGCCAACGCUGAGAGGCCCGCCUCCAAGGGCCUUUCCAGCACUGCCAAGCUCGGCAUUGGAAUCGGUGUCGGUGUCGGCGUCGGUCUCCUCCUCGCCAUCCUCGCCUUCCUCUGCUGCUGCCGUCGCAAGAACCAGAAGAAGGCCUCGGACGAGAAGGGCUGGUACGCCCAGGGCCAGACCCAGGACAACGGUGCUUGGGACACUGGCGCUGCCUACCGCGAGCAGGACUCGUUCGCCAUGGGCGACGUCCCCGGCCGCCCUCAGCGUCCGUUCUCGACCGCCCCCUCCAUCUCUACCAUGGCGACCCACGACCUGCCUGGCCAGGGUACCAUCUCGCGCUCGGGCUCCGAGUACGGCAACCUCGGUGCUGGCGACCUCCCUCCUGGUGCUUCGCAUGGCACCGACUCGCCCUACCGCGACUACCCUACACCCGGCCAGAACUCUGGCAUCUCGACCCCCCAGGGUUACCCCCAGCAGUACCGCGACUAAACGACGCGAGCCAGCGCCGACCUAGACCCCCCAAGACGACGCACGCACGCACGACUAGCAAUGCACGGCAGGCGAGGCCGCGGCACGCCAAGGCAAGCCCAGGUUAAACGCCUAGCCCCCCCCGGACACUCACUCACUCAUGGUGACUCCACCCCCAUGGACAUUGACACUUGUUGUCUCCUCAAUCUCUCAUCUUUCUCUCUAGCUCUGAUUACGCUCUGCAUGGUGCGGCCUCUGCGCACACUUGCCAUCUAAUGCCUAGACAUGCAGUUAUACAAGUGGA